CCUUAAUGAAAUACGAAGAGUACGAAAAGUUGCUGAAUACUUUGGGUAAAACCGAUAAAAUAGCACAAAAUUUGAAUCAGAUAUACAAAAAGAUGGAGAGUAACACACAGAAUACUCCCACAACUGUUUUACAAACGUUUGAACGGUACAGCAUUCCUAAAAAGAAUUUGGAAUACGCAAUAAAGUUCCAUGAAGACUACAUUAAAUACUGUGAAAAUGUAAAUGAAAGCGUUUUAGUGAUCAAAGAUUAUAAGAAAGCGAAUGAUACCGACAUAAAGAAGGAUUUGGAGGUAAUAGAAGCGUAUGAGAAUAUUAAGAACAGCAAUAAGAACAUUAAAAUGUAUAAGAGCAUCGGCAUCGUGAAGACAAAAAUUGAGAGCUCUGAAACCGCGCUAGCAGGCAUUUACAACAGCAUUAGAAAAAGAUUUUUUUUAUUGGUAAAGGAGAACAUGCUGAUCGAGGUGGAUGGUCUUAACAGGAUAUCUACAUUUCUGAUAACUUAUGGAGAAAAAUCGGAAAUUGCUGAAAAAUACAUGCAGACUUAUUUCAAGGAGUUUAAUUUUAGGGAUGCACUUGAAGAUACCGAUGCAUUUGUUAAGCGUGUUGCCGACAGUAGCAAGUUAUUCAACGAUAUUAGGGAAAUGAACAUAUUUCUGUUUGAUACGGCAACAUACGAAUUUCUUAACAAAAACAUGAUAAAUUAUUUAAGAGAAGACAUGAAAACUAAUAUAAUGAGGUUUAUGGACCUGAUCGAAAGGAGAAAAAAUCUAAAGGAUAUUUUCAUGAUCAUAGAUCUCUACGAUGUGGCAAAGAUAAAUGGUAUCAGUUUACUGGGAUGCAUGGAUUGUCUGUUACAUCAUCUUAUCCGCUACAUCGAAAAUGUAAAUCAAAUCGAUAAAAAAUUUGAGGUAGAGAGCUUCGUAGUAUUCACCACCAAAGUUAUAAAUUCUCUUAAUUCCCAAGUAGCGCAGGACUACGUAGAGAAAUACGGUGAAAAUCUGAAGGUUAAAGAGCAAGAUGAGUUAAAGGAUAAGAUAUUACUAACUUUAUACAUGAAAAUAAAACAUUUGUCCCUGAAUGAAAAUGAAUUAAACAAAAAUGUGUACCUACUCAAUAACAUAAACUACAUUAUGAAGACCAGGAAUGCAAUUGGUGAUAAAAUGCUUUUUGAUGAUAUUCAGAUCUACAAGAAAGGUAUUAUUAGUUAUUUGAGAGAUGAAAGUGCUAAUUACGGGGGCAAUUGCACCGCUUUUAUCGAUAACACACUUAAUUUCUUCACACAAACAAAGAUACCAAAUGAAACGCGAAAUUACGUUUUGGAAAACGUAAAAAAAAUAUUUAAAGAUCUGAAUAAACGUGCACCGUACAAUGGCGACUUUGAAAAGAUCCUGAAAAGGCUUGAUAAUCUGGAACUUUCAUAA